AUGCCUGCCCACUGCCUCCUCUUCCUCCUCCUGGGACUGCUCCUGGCGCCGGAGCCUGCCUGCUGCCAGGAAGCCCGGGGCAGGCUCCAGCCAUGGUCACAGGGUGUCAUUGCAGUGGUUGUGUUUCUAGUCCUGGUGGCUAUUGUUUUUGUGGUCAACAGGUUUUGGUGUAAGAAGAAAGUGGAAAAUGCUGAGACAGUGGUGAGUGUUGAGGACAAGCCUGAGACUGUCAUGUCCAAUGGCCACGAAGGGAGAUACUUAAGUUCUGCAGCUGAUUUCAGGUCCAAAGAGAACCAGCAUGCCUAUGAGAACACCCUGGAGCCCGAGGAGAAGGUGAUCACCACGGCCAUGUAG